UGCUGAUAGUGUACUUCAAACAUAUCUGUGGAAUGUUUAGUAUUGCAAGAAAAAAAUAUGUAUUCAUAUAGUUUCCGUAUUAAGAAGGCAAUGGCAAUUAAUAAGCAACAAGAUGUUAAUGAAGAAAAAAUGGUUAUAAUUUAUAAAGGAAUAAUCUGUGCGAUAGACAUUCAUCGCAAAGCUACAGAGUUUUCUCAAGUUUUUCUAAAGAGUUUUGAAGGAUCCUUCUUCUGUUUAAUAGCGGCAGGUAUGAUUUGCGUAAGCAGCACUCUUGUUCAAAUUAUAUCAUAUAAUAGCACAGGGCAACUUGUAUUACAACUUAUAUACAUAAGUGUUCUCUACAUGUACAUGUUUUUGUCCAAUUAUACCGCACAAGAUAUUACAGAUCACAAUGAAUACGUAUUUGCUACAGUAUAUAACGUUAAAUGGUACGUGUCUCCGUUACACAUACAGAAAAUGAUGUUAUUUCUACUGCAAAAAGGUACAAAGGCUUUUCAUUUGAUCCUCGGUGGAAUAUUCAUUGCGUCUAUGGAAAGUGCUGCUACGUUGAUGGGUACUUCAAUAUCAUACUUCACUGUUCUCUAUUCUACAAGUACGAAAUAAUAAUUGCAAAAUAAUUAAGAUAGGUGUCGCUUACAGUAAGUAUUGUUUCGAUUCGACAAAA